GUUCUCGUCAGUCAAACAUUGGUCGUAGUGGUACAGAUGUCGGGUAGCGCUUGUUUUGCUAAAGAAGCAAACAGUCCUGCUUCGUCGGAAUCGAGCGAUAGUCGCACUUCGACGGCACUGGAUUGCAACCUCGAAGGCAAGCUGAACGCGUCUCCAAUCAAGGAGCAGAGUGCCACCUACGACGAUUUGAAGUCAGUGAUGAGCAGAAAGAGAGAGAGCAAACCGGGUCAGUCGUACAUUGCUAUGAUAGCUAGAGCGAUACUCGAGUCGCCGGAAAAGAAGCUGAGCCUUCAUGGCAUCUAUCAGUACAUAUCAGAGAACUACUCACAGUUCAAGAGCAAAGUGGGGUGGCGGAACAGCGUGAGACACAAUCUAUCUCUCAACGAGUGCUUCAUCAAGGCAGGACGGUGCGAGAGCGGCAAGGGAAACUACUGGGCCAUCCACCCUGCUAACUUUGACGACUUCGCUCGAGGUGAUUUCCGACGACGCCAUGCUCGAAAUCGAGUCAGGAAGAGCCGCUUCCAAUUUACCCGACCCGGUCUCUGCUCGGUACCUCUGUCGGGAGGAUCAAACGCUUACUGGUUCCAGAAGUCUCCAUCAGCGUUGCUCUCAUCGGUUAGUCCUUUGUCCCAUCACGUGUAUGCACCGAGCGCGUCAACUGCUGCGCCCGCAGUGCUAGGAGGCACGCCCGCGGUAACAGGUGGUCUCGCUAGGAGCGGGAGUUUUACCGGAGCGGGUUCGCCGGCUCAUCGCACCAACUCGACCAAAAAGACAUUCUCGAUUGAUAAUCUACUCAAUCAAUCGAAAGACGUUUCGAGCGUCGUUUGGGACGAGAGGAAGGACUUAGUGCAUCCGAGAGCGUUCGCGUUCGGAUUUCCGACCUACGCACGUAGAUAUGGACUUGGUCCGGCAUCGCCUUGCCUGACAAUGAAUUCAUGGACAGCUCCUGGUUUCAGGCUAUCCUGACGAGUGGACUGACUAGUAGAUAGCCUAGAUAGUUGACCUCAGAUAGUAGACUUCAGUCGGUCGGCUUGAUUGUAAUAUACUUUCCCUGUCAUCAGUUGCCGUAAUUAGCUAGAUUGCAUGAUUACUGCUCGAUGUUAUAUGCCUUCUAUAUAGCUAUGGAACAUUGCACCUGCUGUGUAGCUAGACAGUCGGUCGAAACGGUGACAUAUAUUUCACAGUUGUG